CACAGUGUUUAAAAGUAGGGCUGGGGAGGAGACUGCUGAGCGUCCCUCCUCCCAGAACAAAACCUGCAUUCAUGUCCCGCAGACGGCACUCCAGCCCACAAUGUGCGCCGCUUCCUGUGCACGCCGUCUGCUGCUCGCCUUCCUGCUGGCGGGCGUGUGUGCGCAGUCGCAGCACAGACCGUCUUUCACGUGCGGGGGGAACUUCACGGGCGAGUCCGGAAUCAUCGGGAGCCAAGGGUACCCGGGAGUUUACCCCCCCAACACCAAAUGUGUGUGGAGGAUCACAGUCCCGGAAGGGAAGGUGGUGGUGCUGUCCUUCCGCUUCCUGGACCUGGAGAGCGACCGCCUGUGUCGCUACGACUACGUGGACGUGUACAGCGGCCACGCCCGCGGCCAGCGGCUGGGCCGGUUCUGUGGCACCUUCAAGCCGGGCGCGCUGGUUUCCACGGGCAACAAGAUGAUGCUGCACAUGCUGUCGGACGCCAACACGGCCGGGAGCGGCUUCCUGUCCGUCUUCUCCGCCGCGCAGCCUAAUGAGAAGGGUGAGCUGUAUUGUGGUGGCAGACUGGACAAACCUUCCGGGACUUUCAAAACCCCCAACUGGCCAGAACGGGACUACCCAGCCGGCGUGACCUGCUCCUGGCACAUCGUGGCACCAAAGAACCAGAUCAUCGAAGUGACCUUUGAGAAGUUCGACGUGGAGCGAGACAACUAUUGCCGCUACGACCACGUCUCCAUCUUCAACGGCGGCGAAAUCAACGACGCCAAGAAGAUCGGCAAAUACUGCGGAGACAGCCCCCCGCCGCCCGUCCUGUCCGAGGGCAACCGGCUGGUGGUCCAGUUCCUGUCGGACCUCAGCCUGACGGCGGACGGCUUCGUCGGCCACUACAAGUUCCGCCCCAAGAAGUUCUCCGUGGCGACCACGCCACCUCCCGCCACCACGCCGCCCGCCACCAGCAGGAUCACACCUCUCAAGUACUCCGUGGCUUUGUGUCGGCAGAAAUGCAAAAGACGAGGAACCCUCGAAAGCAACUUUUGCUUAAGCAACUUUGUGAUCACAGGCACCGUCAUCUCGGCCGUGACCAGAGGGGGCAGCGCACACGUCACCGUGUCCAUCGUCAGCGUGUUGAAGGAAGGCAGCCUGGCCAUCCAGCAGGCGGGCAAGACCAUGAGCACCAAGAUCCUGGUCCUGUGUCGCAAGUGUCCGCUCGUCACAAGAGGCUGUGUGUGUGUGACCCCCCAUGCAGGCCUGAACUACAUCUUCAUGGGUGAGGUGGACCAGGAGGGCCGAGGGAAGGUCGGCCCUCACAACUUUGUGCUGGCCUUCAAGAGCAGGAACCAGAAGGUGCUCAGAGUCCUGAAGAACAAACACUGCUGACUGAAACUGGGAAGAAGAUUAGGAACAGCUCUUUUCAGUUUUUCUAAAUCAACUUCAUGUUUCACCUUUUCUUUGGAUUUAAACAGGAUCUGAUUGGACCUCUUUGGAACUCUCAAUUACUGCUCUUGUGUACUUACACUUGGUCUUUUCAGUACAUACGAGUGUACACUUGUGUACUUACACUUGGUCUUUUCAGUACAUAAGAGUGUACACUUGUGUACUUACACUUGGUCUUUUGAGUACAUACGAGUGUACACUUGUGUACUUACACUUGGUCUUUUCAGUACAUAAGAGUGUACACGUGUGUACUUACACUUGGUCUUUUGAGUUCAUAAGAGUGUACACGUGUGUACUUAUACAUAGUCUUUUGAGUACAUAAGUGUGUACACAUGUGUACUUACACUUGGUAUUUUAAGUGCCUUAGUGUGUACACUUGUGUACUUACACCUAGUUUUUUCAGUGCAUAAGUGUGUACACUUGUGUACUUACACCAAGUCUGUUGAGUGCAUAAGUGUGUACACUUGUGUACUUACACCUAGUCCUUUUAGUGCAUAAGUGGAUACACUUGUGUACUUACACCUAGUCUUUUAAGUGCCUUAGUGGGUACACUUGUGUACUUACGAUUAGUAUUUUAAGUGCCUAAGUGUUUACACUUGUGUACUUACACUUUGUGUUUUAAGUAUCGAGGUGUGUACAAUUGUGUACUUACACCUAGUCUUUUAAGUGCCUUAGUAGGUACACUUGUGUACUUACAAUUAGUAUUUUAAGUGCUUAAGUGUUUACACUUGUGUACUUACACAUAGUCCUUUUAGUGUAAAAGUGUGUACACUUGUGUACUUACACCUAGUCUGUUGAGUGUAUAAGUGUGUACACCUGUGUACUUAUAGUUAGUCCUUUGAGUGGAUAAGUGGGUACACUUGUGUACUUACACCUAGUCUGUUGAGUGUAUAAGUGUGUACACUUGUGUACUUACAGUUAGUCCUUUGAGUGGAUAAGUGUGUACACUUGUGUACUUACACUUAGUCUUUUGAAUGAAUAAGUGGGUACACUCGUGUACUUGCACUUAGUCUUUUAAGUGCCUAAGUGUGUACACUUGUGUACUUACACCUCGUCUUUUGAGUGCAUACGUGGGUACACUUGUGUACUUACACUAAGUCUUCCAAGUACUGACUUCAUGCUAGUCUGUACUAGCAUGUUACACUCAAAAUGGUGAGUGUGCAUUGAUGGACACUUAGCACACUCAAUAGUGUCGGCUGACGGAAGAGGCGGGACUAACUUGAAACAAUGGGAAGGAGUUAAGAGAAGAAAGUAAAUACCGUGAUCGUCAUUUGGGUCAAGUGUACUACAAAGCAAAAGUAAUGGGACAGUACUCACCAUGGACAAACUCAGGAAGUAAGUAUGCAGUGUACACAGUAUACUUAAAGUGUACUGAUGGAAAUAUUCCAUUUGAUACACAGCCAUAUUUGUAAAGGUCUAAAUAUUUCUUUGUUUUAGUACUUCAGGAAGUAAAUCUGACUUCUGGUGUCAGUUGCAUGGAGAUGGCUUACAAACUUAUUUUUUU